AUUGAUGGCAUUUCACCUAUUCAACCUCUCCCAGCUCUUAUUGCCGGCAAAACUCAACAGACGAUGAGUCGUGGGGAUAAUGGGCGAGGUAGACAGCGAUCGAUGGACAUUAAAGGAUUAAUUUUGGAACUCAUUGAAGAGAUUUACCCACCUCUUUAUUGCCCUGAAUGUUAUGAGAUCAGUUCAUCGCGUUCAGAAGCAGACAAUCAUGUGAAAACUUAUCAUCAAGGAUCGAAAAUAUUUGCAUGCGUUUCACCUGCCUGUAAACAGUCAUAUUCUUCAAGAGCAGGAUUGAGGUAUCAUUUGGAGCAUGGCCACACAGUGACC